AUGGGCUCGUUCCACCCGGCGCUGCUGCUGCCGCUGCUGCUGCCGCUGCUGCUGCCGCUGCUGCCCUGGAGCAGCGCGCAGGCCCCCUCGGCCGCCCCGGCCACCAACCACACCAGGCCAGUCUUCCUGUGCGGGGGCGAGCACACCGCGGACAACGGCUACGUCGCCAGCGAGGGCUUCCCCAACCACUACCCGCCGAGCAAGACGUGCACCUGGACGAUCACGGUGCCCGAGGGCCAGGUCGUCAUGCUGUCCUUCAGGGUCUUCGACCUGGAGCCGGACUCCACCUGCCGCUACGACUACCUGGACGUGUACAACGGGCACACGGCCGUCGAGGGGCAGCGCCUGGGCCGCUUCUGCGGCACCUUCCGCCCCGGGGCCCUGCUCUCCACCAGCAACAGGAUGCUGCUGCAGAUGGUGUCGGACGAGGGCACCGGCGGGAGGGGCUUCCUGGUGUGGUUCAGCGGGGGGCUCCCGCACGUGGACGAGCACCAGUUCUGCGGCGGGAAACUCGAGAAGGCACAGGGCGCCCUCAAGACCCCCAACUGGCCUGAGAGCGACUACCCCCCGGGCAUCAGCUGCUCCUGGCACAUCAUUGCCCCGAAGGGCAAGGUGAUCGCGCUGACCUUCGGGAAGUUUGACGUGGAGCCCGACACCUACUGCCGCUACGACUACGUGGCCGUGUUCAACGGGGGCGACCAGGACGACUCGCGGCGCAUCGGCAAGUUCUGCGGGGAGACCUCGCCCAGCCUGCUCUACUCCGACGGGAACGAGAUGCUGGUCCAGUUUGUCUCGGACCUCAGCGUGACGGCCGACGGCUUCGCUGCCUCCUACGAGGUGAAGGACCGCAAAGAGCUGGUGGACCCGGCAGGCUCCCCGCCCGCUGGCCCCAUCUUCCCGGGCUCCAGGCCCACUCAGCCGGGCAGAACCCCCGUUGCGCCGAAGCCCAGGCCCGCCGGCAAGCCCACCAAGCCGACGCCGCUCCCCAAGCCGACGCGGAAGGCGACACCUGCCGCCGAGGGACCCACCGCGAGCAGCGCUGGCGCGACCACGUGCCCGAAGCGUUGUCAGCGGGCAGGAACGCUCCAGAGCAACUUCUGUGCCAGCGAUUUUGUGAUCACGGGCACAGUGAAGACGGUCGUGCGCGGCGCCGGGUCCGGGGUCACCGCCGUGGUGACGCUGAUGAACACGUACAAGGCUGGGGCCCUGCGCCUCCCUCCGGCCGGAAACGAGGCCACGCUCCGCCUGGACGUGCCCUGCAGGCAGUGCCCCAUCCUCAAGAAAGGCGCCAGCUACGUCUUCAUGGGCCAAGUGGCGGCCAGCGGCACGGGGCGGCUGCUGCCCAGCAGCUUCGUGGUGCCCUUCCGGCAGCCACAGCACCAGGCGCUCACCAACUUCGCCAAGCGGCCCUGUGCCGCCGCGCCAGCCGCCAGGAGCCGGGCCUGAGCCGCCCGCCGGGGGCCGCUCGGGGCCUGCGGAGACCACCCUCCUGCGCACUACGGACAGAGGCCAUGUCGCUGCCCCGCCCGGCCGAGGGCCGGCAGCCUCCCCGCCCCUCGGAGAGCCCCGCCCGGCAGGGCCACGGAGGGCGGCCGUGUGGGGAGUGCCGCGGGCUCCCUGGGCCCCUCGCCGGGGGGGCCGCACACUCCCACGGGUCUUUGCGGGCUGUCCUCCCCCUUAAACGCUCUUGAAGGUA